CUGGCAAAACAGGGGACUUGGCAACACGGCUUCGGACGUUACAGAUCACGUGGUCAUGUCUAAACGAAUUAGGCUCCGGUUCAGCCCUUCACUGUGAGAUGUUUGUUUCUGUUUCGUGCUGAACUUCACAUCAGUGAGUUUGACAUAUCUUCAGGAAGAGAUCUUCAUUUCUUCAUCCCAGCUGUGCGUCUCUGAAGAGCCGUCGAUCCAGAGUUCAUCGUGAAUUCAGUGAUUGAGCAGUGACCUCUGACCCCAGUGUUUCCAUAUACAGGGACGAUGUCAGACUUUGAGACAAGGAAGAGAUCUUCAUCUCCAGAUCCCAGCUGUGUGUCUCUGAAGAGCGAUCAAUCCAUGGAACACCCUCUUAAAUUCAGUGAUGGAGCAGUGACCUCUGACCCCAGUUUCUUCAGGAAGAGGAAGAGAUCUUCAUCUCCAGAUCCCAGCUGUGUGUCUCUGAAGAGUGAUCAAUCCAUGGAACACCCUCUUAAAUUCAGUAAUGGAGCAGUGACCUCUGACCCCAGUAUCUUCAGGAAGAGGAAGAGAUCUUCAUUUCCUCAUCCCAGCUGUGUGUCUCUGAAGAGCGAUCGAUCCAUAGUUCCUCCUGAAUUUAGUGAUGGAGCAGUGACCUCUGACCCCAGAGAUGAUCCGACUGGAGACCAGGAUUCUCCUCAAGCAGUAGAUGAUGAACUCCAGAGAGUCAAAGAGCAGCUCAAAACCAGCAUGAAGAACAAGUAUGAGAGAUUAUUUGAGGGACUGAACCUCCAGGAGAAUGAAACCCUCCUGAACAGGAUCUACACACAGCUCUACAUCAUAGAGGGAGAGAGUGAAGGAGUGAAUGAACAACAUGAGGUUUUCCAGAUGGAGAAAACAGCCAGAACACAACACUCACAAGACACUCCCAUCGACUGCAAUGACAUCUUUAAAGCCUCACCUGAACCAGGAUGUGAGGAGAAACACCAGAUCAAGACUGUUCUUACUAAAGGCAUCGCUGGAAUCGGAAAAACCGUCUCUGUGCAGAAGUUCAUUCUGGACUGGGCUGAGGGAAAAGACCAUCAGGAUGUAGAUUUCAUGUUUGUGCUUCCAUUUCGAGAGCUGAACUUGAUCCGAGAUCAUCGGUACAGUCUUCACAGACUUCUGCUGGACUUUCAUCCUGAACUUCAAGAUCUGGACUCAAAGAUUUAUGAGGAGUGUAAAGUUGUGUUCAUCUUUGAUGGUCUGGAUGAAAGCAGAAUCACACUGAUGUUUUCAGACGCUCAGAAAGUUUCUGAUGUGACUGAGACUUCAUCAGUGGGUGUGUUGAUGUCAAACCUCAUGACAGGAGAGCUGCUUCCCUCUGCUCUCAUCUGGAUCACCUCCAGACCAGCAGCAGCCAAUCAGAUCCCCUCCAAAUACAUCAACCGUCUGACAGAGAUUCAGGGAUUCAGUGAGCCUCAGAAGGAGGAAUAUUUCAGGAAGAGAAUCAGUGACGAGCAUCAAGCCAGCAGAAUCAUCUCACACAUCAGAAGAGCAAGAAGCCUCCACAUCAUGUGCCACAUACCCGUCUUCUGCUGGAUCUCAUCCACUGUGCUUCAGAAGCUCCUGGAAGAAGAUCUGAGUGCAGAAAUCCCUCAAACUCUGACUGAAAUGUACAUCCACUUCCUGCUGAUUCAGAUCAACAUGAGGAAUCAGAAGUAUGAAGAGAGAGAUCCAGAGAAACUGCUGCAGUCCAACAGAGAAGUGAUUGUGAAACUUGCUGAAGUGGCUUUCAAACAGCUGAUGAAGGGCAAUGUGAUGUUCUAUGAGGAGGACCUGAGAGAGAGCGGCAUAGACGUCACUGACGCCUCAGUGUAUUCUGGGAUUUGCACUGAGAUCUUUAAGGAGGAAUCUGUGAUUCAUCAGAGGAAAGUCUACAGCUUCAUUCAUCUGAGCUUUCAGGAGUUUCUCGCUGCUUUCUAUCUGUUUUAUUCACAUGUGAUCAAGAACAAGAAACUACUGGAUGAGUUCAGAUUGUACAGAUCUGAUAAAGUCUCUCUGGAUGAUGAAGACCCUCUGGAUGAUCUACUAACAUCAGCAGUAGAUAAAGUCUCUCUGGAUGAUCUACUAACAUCAGCAGUAGAUAAAGCCUUCUGGAGUGAGAAUGGAGAGCUGGAUCUGUUCCUGCGGUUCCUGCUGGGCGUCUCACUGGAGUCCAAUCAGAGACUCUUACAGGAUCUACUGACACACACUGAGAACAGCUCAGAGAGCAUCAGGAGAAUCACACAGUACAUUACAGACAUGAUCAAAGGUGAAGAUGAAGAACAAGAUCAAUUUCUCUCCACUGAAAGCUCCAUCAAUCUGUUCCUCUGUCUGCUGGAAGUCAAAGAUCAGUCUCUGUCCAGAGAGAUUCAGGAGUUUCUGAAAUCAGACAAACGCUCAGAGGAGAAACUCUGUCCGUGUCACUGCUCAACAAUCUCCUACAUGAUUCAGAUGUCAGAGGAGCCGCUGGAUGAGCUGAACCCCAUGAAAUACAACACAUCAGCUGAGGGGAGAAGAAGACUGAUACCAGCUGUGAUCAACUGCAGAAAAGCUCUAUUUUCUAGCUGUAAUCUCACUGCUCAGCAUUGUGAAAUUGUGUCUUCAGCUCUACAAUCCUCAAACUCUGUCCUGAGAGAGCUGGAUCUGAGUAACAAUGACCUACAGGACUCUGGUGUCAGCUUCAUUUCUGAUGGACUGAAGAGUCCAAACUGUCAGCUGCAGAUCCUGAGACUUGCUGGCUGUAAUCUCACUGCUCAGUGUUGUGACAGUUUGUCUUCAGCUAUACAAUCCUCAAACUCUGUCCUGAGAGAGCUGGAUCUGAGUAACAAUGACCUACAGGACUCUGGUGUCAGCUUCAUUUCUGAUAGACUGAAGAGUCCAAACUGUCAGCUGCAGAUCCUGAGACUUGCUCUCUGUAAUCUCACUGCUCGGUGUUGUGACGGUUUGUCUUCAGCUCUACAAUCCUCAAACUCUGUCCUGAGAGAGCUGGAUCUGAGUAACAAUGACCUACAGGACUCUGGUGUCAGCUUCAUUUCUGAUGGACCGAAGAGUCCAAACUGUCAGCUGCAGAUCCUGAGACUUGUUUGCUGUAAUCUCACUGCUCGGUGUUGUGACGGUUUGUCUUCAGCUCUACAAUCCUCAAACUCUGUCCUGAGAGAGCUGAAUCUGAGUAACAAUGAUCUACAGGACUCUGGUGUCAGCUUCAUUUCUGGACUGAAGAGUCCAAACUGUCAGCUGCAGAUCCUGAGGUUGUCUGGCUGUAUGGUGACAGAGGAAGGCUGUGGUUAUGUGUCUUCAGCUCUGAGUUCAAACCCCUCACACUUGAGAGAGCUGGAUCUGAGCUACAAUCACCCAGGAGAUUCAGGAGUGCAGCUGCUCAACCACAAACUGGAGGAUCCAAACUAUAAACUGCAGAUACUCAAUGUGGAUCAUGGAGGAGAGGUCAUGAUGACAGCAGGACUACGAAAGUACGCCUGUGAUCUCACACUGGAUCCAAAAACAGCACACACUCGACUCGUUCUGUCUGAUGGGAACAGGAAGGUGACGAAUCCUGAUCAUCCAGAGAGAUUUAAUGAGUAUCCUCAGGUUCUGUGUAGAGAGAGACUGACUGGACGCUGUUACUGGGAGGCUGAAUGGAGCGGAUAUGCUGAAAUAUCAGUGGCAUAUGAAGGAAUCAGCGGGAAAGGAAGGAGUUAUGACUGUGUGUUUGGAUUAAAUGACAAAUCCUGGAGUCUGUACUGCUCUGAUGAAGGAUUCACUGUCCGUCACAAUAAGAGAGAAACUGAUACACCUGCUGUCCGUUCAUCCUCUAAUAGAGCAGGAGUGUAUGUGGACGUGUCGGCCGGCUCUCUGUCCUUCUACAGCGUCUCUCACACACACACACUCACACACUUACACACAUUCAACACCACAUUCACUGAACCCCUCUGUGCUGGAUUUACUGUUUAUUCCUCCUCAGUGUCUCUGUGUGAUAUUAAAGGAUAGAGAGACUGUAAAUCCUCUUUCUGAUCUUCACACACACUCAUCAAAUCUCACUUCAUCACAUUUGUAUCAAUUCAUUUUUAAUUCGUGUUUUUCAUUGUUAUCUAGAAGUUACACAUCUAGAUCAGACACACACACUGUUCUGAAUCUGGAAUAAACAGAGUAAUAAAGUUAAUAUUCAUGUUGUAAAUUGUUCAUCAGAUUGAAUAAAAGCACAUUUGAGACUCAUUUAA